CCUCCCCCUGCUCCUCUUCCUCCUGAGAGCAGUUGGAUAGCGCUAGGUCAGUACAGCCUUUUCAGCCCCAGCUGACCAGGAGAACCUUUGUCUGUACAGUUUUCUUCUAGAUACCUUAUUCCCCAAGUACUUCAUACCACCUCCUGCAUCUCCUCUUCUCUCUGACAUCCAGAUAUACCACACCAGCAACAUUUAAAGACUGUCUUCUUCUACACUGGUUAUCGUUCCAGGAGGAUUUCUAUCACCAUCUACUUGGUCUGCAGCCAGCAGCGUCGGCAUGGGGGAAGUUGGAACACCAUCCCUCUUUCUUUCCUGUACUGUCUUCCUCCUCUUCGUCCCUGCUUCAUUAGCAGCCUCCUCUGCAAUGAUCUCCGUCACCAACAGCUCCAACACCAACAGCACCAAGUGUGGAGGAAACACAGACUGUCUGCCAGGAGUCAUCCUUCCUGUUUGGCUUCCCUUGGACCCCCCAUUGGGUGAGAAGCUCGCCAGAGCCACCAUCUACUUCCUGGGCAUGAUGUACAUGUUCUUGGGGGUGUCCAUCAUCGCAGACCGCUUCAUGGCGUCCAUCGAGGUCAUCACUUCCCAGGAGAGGCAGGUCACCAUCAAGCAAGCCAACGGAGAGAAGAUGGUCACCACGGUACGCGUCUGGAACGAGACGGUCUCUAACCUCACCCUCAUGGCUCUGGGCUCCUCCGCCCCGGAGAUCCUGCUGUCUGUGGUGGAGGUUUGUGGGCACAACUUUAACGCCGGCCAGCUGGGCCCCAACACCAUCGUGGGCAGCGCCGCCUUCAACAUGUUUGUCAUCAUCGGCCUCUGUGUCUCCGUCAUCCCGGACGGAGAGCACCGCAAGGUCAAGCACCUCCGCGUGUUCUUCGUGACCGCGGCCUGGAGCAUCUUCGCCUACACCUGGCUGUACCUCAUCCUGGCCGUGAUCUCCCCGGGGAUCGUGGAGGUGUGGGAGGGCCUGGUCACCCUUUGCUUUUUCCCCGUCUGCGUCGGUUUCGCCUACGUCGCCGACCGCAGGCUGCUCUUCUACAAAUACAUGCACAAGCGCUACAGAGCCGGCAAGCACAAAGGGAUGAUCAUUGAGACGGAGGGAGAGCCGGAGCACCUGUCCAAGGCGGAUCUGGAGAUGGACGUACAGAUGGCCAUGCCCCGCGUAGAGGAGCUCCGGGGGGAGAAGAAUGAGGAGGAGAGAAGUUGCGCCGUUUACAGCUGCCACGGCGCCCGGGUGGCCACGGGGGCGCCGGCGAACGUUUUGAAGAAGCACGACCAAGCCAAGAGAGUCGUCCAUCACAGCAACUCCUCCCCGACGACCUCCAAGAUCUUCUUUGAGCCGGAGAGCUACCAGUGCGUGGAGAGCUGCCGCGCGGUGACGCUGCGGGUGGUGAGGCGCGGGGGCCAGCCGGACCACGGCGUGUCGGUGGACUACCGCACCGAAGACGGCACGGCCAAGGCCGGCGCCGACUACCGCUUCACCGAAGGGACCGUCUCCUUCCGCCCCGGCGAGACGGAGAAGGAGAUCCCCGUGGACAUCGUCGACGACGACGUGUUUGAGGAGGAGGAGCACUUCCUGGUGCACCUGAGCAACGUGAGGGUGACGGGGGAGAGCUGCGACCCCCAGGGGUCCGGCCUGGGCCUGCCCUGCUCCGCCGCCGUCACCAUCCUGGACGACGACCACGCCGGGGUCUUCACUUUCCAGGACCCCGUGGUCACGGUCAGCGAGAGCGUGGGCCUGCUGGAGGUCAAGGUGGUCCGGACGGGUGGAGCCCGCGGCGUGGUGGCGCUGCCCUACAAGACCCUGGAGGGGACGGCCCGGGGGGGAGGAGAGGACUUCGAGGACACCCACGGCGUCCUGGAGUUCGACGACGACCAGAUUGUAAAAAACAUUCAAAUCAAUAUUGUUGAUGAUGAAGAGUAUGAGAAAAACAAGAACUUAUUCCUGGAGAUUGGGGAGCCACGCCUCCUGGAGAUGAGUGGCAGGAAAGCUGUCCUGCUACAGGAAGCUGGUGGAUUCAUUAAGACAGAUAAAAGGCGUUAUGGAGGGGAGGUCUACAGGAAGGUUCAGGGGCGCGAGGGUCGUGACCUCCAGCACUCGGUUGUCAACAUCACAGAGGGGGCUGGGAAGGAGGAGAGUGUCUCUAAGAGGGAGGAGGCGGAGCGGCGUGUCGCUGCGCUGGGCCGACCCCGUCUGGGGGAGCACGCCCGGCUGGAGGUCGUCAUAGAGGAGUCUUAUGAGUUCAAGAACCUGGUGGACAAGCUGGUGAAGAAGACCAACCUGGCUCUGGUGAUUGGGACCAACAGCUGGAGGGAACAGUUUAGGGACGCCAUUACUGUCAACCCCGUAGAUGACGAUGACAACGAGGAGGAGCAGGACGGGCAGGGGGAGAAACGUCUCCCUUCCUGCUUUGAUUACGUCAUGCACUUCCUGACGGUCUUCUGGAAGCUGCUGUUUGCUCUCGUGCCCCCAACCGACUACUGUAACGGCUGGGCCUGCUUCGUGGUGUCCAUCUCCGGCAUCGGCCUGCUGACGGCCUUCAUCGGUGACCUCGCCUCCCACUUCGGCUGCACGGUCGGACUCAAGGACUCUGUGACCGCCGUGGUGUUUGUAGCCCUAGGGACGUCCGUACCAGACACGUUUGCCAGUAAGUUGGCCGCCAUCCAGGACCAGUAUGCGGACGCGUCCAUCGGCAACGUGACGGGCAGCAACGCCGUCAACGUGUUCCUGGGGAUCGGCGUGGCGUGGUCCAUCGCGGCCGUGUACCACCAGGCCAGGGGGGACUGGUUCCGGGUGGACCCCGGGACCCUGGCCUUCUCCGUGACCCUCUUCACGGUGUUUGCGCUGGUGUGCGUGGCCGUGCUGAUGUUCCGGCGGCGGGCGUCCAUCGGGGGGGAGCUGGGAGGCCCCCGGGGCCCCAAGGUGCUGACCAGCUGUCUGUUCUUCAGCCUCUGGCUGGUGUACAUCGUGCUGUCGUCUCUGGAGGCCUACUGCCACAUCCAGGCCUUCUAACCUGGGACAGGUUCUACCGGUUCUAGAAGCACUGGUACACCUGGACAUCUAGCGGUUUGUGACUUGCAGGCUUACGGGAUGUUUCAUUGUAACUUGUGCCACUCAUAUAGACACUGCACUGAGCCCAGGGGGGAAAUAAAAAAUAGAAUAACCUUGUGUGUUUCAAAAACAUGUUUGUUGAUUCCUAAGGCUACCCUGCAGACACAGCUCCUGUGUUCCUCCCUUUCUCUUGUGCUCUCGCUCUCUCUCUCUCUCUCUCUCUCUCUCUCUCUCUCUCUCUCUCUCUCUCUCUCUCUCUCUCUCUCUCUCUCUCUCUCUCUCUCUCUCUCUCUCUCUCUCUCUCUCUUUCUCCCUCUCGUGCUCUCUCUCUCUCUCCCCCAAGCUGUUUUUAAAAUUGAUCCUGCGUCACUUUCACUUUGUUUACUACAUUUUAAAUUUAAUAAACCUGUACCAUUAAACUGAAAUUAGAUUCUAUUAAGCAUUCUAAUAGUAUAAAGCACAACAAUUGUGUCAAACUUUCCCAGGCAUUUUAAAUACUUUUUAUUGAAUUACUUCUGUGGUGUUUGGUUAAAACAGCAAACAGUGAAGGGGAUGGGCCAGAAGUUACGCAUCAUCAGUUUACAUCAAAAUUAAUCCUGUACAGUACACCUUUAUAUUCAACACAAAUUUGGAUUUAUUUAAAGACUAUUGAAAGUUGUAUAGCCCUUUGGACAAAAGGAACGUCAAAUCUAUAAUGUCAUUAAACAGACUAAUAUAAUUCAUUAUCAAUCCAUUAUUCUGGUCCGAGUGAAAUCCAUUUGUAUAGAAUAGGCUAUGAUUGGGUCAUUAUAUAUAUAUUCUUUCUAAUAGUAAAAAUGUAAUUGUAAUAAAUCCAUAUUCGCCUGGAACCCAGCCAACUCUGAACACAGUAUAUCAAUCGUACACAACACACGUCCAAUAAGUAGCAUGAAGUCGUGUCAAGUUAGCAUGUAUUCCUAUCAAGUUAGCAUGUAGCUUGGUCAUGCUAGCAUGUAGCUUUAUUAAACCAGCAUGUAGCUCUGUCAAUCUAGCAUGUAGCAUUGUCAGGCUAGUAUCAGACAUAUCAUCAUUAAUUGUCACACUAUUAUCUGAGAAGGUCUGGUCUCAUCCAAUAUUUUGCAUCAUCCAUUGUAAAUAUCUGAGUCCUGAAACAUUAGACGUUUGAAGACUAAGAAAGCCUCACCUUCUCUCAACUCUUUUCAAAUGUUCAUCUUCCACCGAGAUUGGAAGCUAGGUCAGAGUGUUGAAGAUGAAGGGAGUAGUUUGUAGUGUUUAGAACCACCGUUGGACACGAGAACACUGGCUUCAGGAAACC